AAAGAGAAACUCUUUCUCUUUCUCUCUCUCUUAUUAUGCACUUUAUUCUGUUCAAAUUCGAUACUUUGCUGUGGUUACUGAGACCGAGGCUCUUUGUUCAAAGAGAGAGAAAGGGAAGCUCAAGGCCAAAGCUUUACACUUUCUCUCUUUCUCUCUCUGCCGCAUUGUCUUGUUCUACUUCAGAAUCUCAUCUCACUUCCACGCAUUAAAGCAUUGUCUCUCUUUCUCAGUCGUUGGUUUUUUUUCUCAUAUUUCCUGGGUUGUUGCUUCUUUGUGUCUUAAAGGCUUUCAUAGAGUGCAUUUAAUAGCAUCAAUAGAGGACAGCAAGAAAACCCAUUUUGUUUUCUUUGGUCUCUUUAAGGCUGAACUCAUCAAGAGUCUGUUUGGGUACUUUUGGGAGUUACAUACAACAGACUUAUUUACGUUGUUGAAGUUGAAGUUGAAGUUGAACUGAGCUAGCUUGUUCUUUUGUUGCAAAGCUCAUUAAUAUAGAGAAAAACCCAAGAGAGGAGUGGCUAAUGCGGUUCUAACUUCUAUUCCUUAUGUUCUGACAUCUUUGGUUGGUUCUAAGCAAAACCCUGAAAUCCAGAAAUAGUAGUGAAGAGAAUAUACUUGGAGAGCUGUAUGAAGUGGUAGUGAAACAAUGAGAGAUGGGAAUUCCAAGAAAAGCAAGCUCUCAUGGUCAAAGAAAAUGGUCAGGAAGUGGUUCAAUAUCAAGAGCAAAACAGAGGAUUUUCAGGCGGAUGAGGUUAAAUAUGGAGGUGGAUAUCUUUGUUCUCUAUGGGUUCUUACUUGGAGGUGAUGUGGAAUAUAGGACUAGCAGCUUCUCAGAGAGGGAGCUAUGCACAACCAAAAAAAGCAAAACAGAAAAAUUUAGCCGGAACACAGAGCAGGUCCGGCGAGCAAGAAUGAAUCUUGAUCACCCUCGGAUUAUAGAUGUGCAGAACUAUAGCCUAUUCGUAGCUACAUGGAAUGUGGCUGGAAGACCCCCACCAAGUAAUUUGAAUCUAGAUGACUUGCUUCAUGCCUCACCUCCUGCUGACAUUUAUGUUCUUGGUUUUCAAGAAAUUGUUCCGUUGAAUGCUGGUAAUGUUUUGGGAGCAGAAGACAAUGGCCCUGCCAAAAAAUGGCUGUCUCUCAUUCGAAAGACUCUAAAUAAUUUUCCUGGGACCAGUGGUGUUAGUGGAUGCUAUACACCAUCUCCCAUUCCUGAGCCAAUUGUAGAAAUAAAUGCAGAUUUUGAGGGAUCAACUAGGCAGAAGAACUCAUCUUUCUUUCAUCGCCGAUCAUUCCAGACAACACAGAGCUGGAGAAUGGACAAUGACCCCUCAAUUCCACAACCACGACUUGAUCGACGAUUCAGUGUUUGUGAUAGAGUAAUCUUUGGCCACAGGCCUAGUGACUAUGAUCCUAAUAACAGAUGGGGUCACAGGCCAAGUGACUAUUCUAGGGCAAGCGACUAUUCCAGAGCCAGUGACUACGAUCCUAAUUACAGAUGGGGCCACAGGCCAAGUGACUAUUCUAGGCCAAGCGACUAUUCCAGGCCUAGUGAUUAUGAUCCCAAUCACAGAUGGGGGCACAGGCCAAGUGACUAUUCUAGGCCAAGCGACUAUUCCAGGCCUAGUGACUAUUCCAGAUGGGGUUCAUCUGAUGAUGAUAAUGGUCUGGGCGAUUCACCAAGUACUGUCUUAUAUUCACCAAUGUCCUAUGGUGGAUAUGCAGCAAAUGAAGAUGGAUUUAGAAUGCCAACACGUUCGAGGUACUGCUUAGUUGCAAGCAAACAAAUGGUUGGCAUAUUUCUCACAGUUUGGGUGAGAAGUGAAUUGAGAGACCAUGUUCGGAACAUGAAAGUAUCCUGUGUUGGUAGAGGAUUGAUGGGUUAUCUCGGAAAUAAGGGUUCAAUUUCGGUCAGCAUGUCUUUACACCAAACAUCUUUUUGCUUCGUCUGUAGCCAUUUGACUUCAGGACAAAAGGAGGGUGAUGAGCUAAGAAGGAACUCUGAUGUUAUGGAGAUCCUUAGGAAAACAAGGUUUCCACGGGUCCAUGGCUCAGGCGAUGAGAAGUCCCCAGAAACAAUCCUUGAGCAUGAUCGAGUUAUAUGGCUUGGGGAUUUGAAUUAUCGCAUUGCCCUCUCUUACCGCUCUGCUACGGCACUUGUUGAGAUGCAAAAUUGGAGGGCAUUGUUAGAGAAUGACCAGUUACGUAAAGAGCAAAGAAAUGGUCGUGUUUUUAAGGGAUGGAAUGAAGGGAAGAUAUAUUUUCCCCCAACUUACAAGUAUUCAACUAAUUCAGACAGAUAUGCAGGGGAUGAUAUGCAUCCAAAGGAGAAGCGCAGAACACCUGCCUGGUGUGAUCGAAUUUUGUGGCAUGGAGAAGGCCUCCAUCAAGUGUCCUAUGUCCGUGGUGAAUCUAGAUUUUCAGAUCAUAGACCGGUUUAUGGCAUAUUUUGGGCAGAGGUUGAGUCAAGCCAGAGCCGAUUGAGGAAAAGCAUGAGUUGUUCUGAUUCCAGGAUUGAGGUGGAGGAGCUUCUGCCGUAUGCACAUGGAUAUACUGAACUAAACUUUUUCUAAAGGAAUGGACAAUAGUUGAGAUCCACAUUGACCUGCACUAGACUAGAAUCCUUGCUCUUUCCCAUAACUGAGUGAUUACUGAGGCCAAUAAACAUUUGAAGAAUUUCAAUUAUUUCUGCAUUUCAAUUAUAAUUUGCAUCUUCAGUCAAUCAGUUGCAGGAGGGAAUCACUUUGAAACAAAAUUCAUCACCCUUGAAGAGUGAUGGAGACAUUCCGUUGCCCACAAACCGAAAAAGGUGUUAAUUUUGUAAUUUCUGUCCUCAACACACUGUACCUUUGAUCAUCAUAACUUGUUAGCUAACAACACACAAGUUUCAGUAUUAUGCGUAAAUUUUGUUAACUGAUCUGAUUAACAAGCACCUACUUUUCUGGCAUCUCGAAGUUCCGUAAGAGCAUUUGCAGUCCUGCAUAAUAAUCAGGAUGAACUCAGCCUAUCAAGAAGUGCCAAGUGGGUAGAUGACGAUUUUUUUAUUCUUUAAUUUGUCUAGGGACUAUAGAGAUAAUAGAUGAUGACUGAAUGAAGGUGAAAGAUAGUCAAAAUAAUCAUUUGGAUACCAAAUUUUUUGUUUUAAAUACAAAGAGAAGUAAAGAAAGGUUUUUUGGAUACUCAUUGCCAAACUGAUGGAAAACAAUUGUAAAGAAAGAAGAAAAUGAAGUUGAUGAUAGAAAUCUGAUUCCUCUUGUUCCCUCUA